AUGACAUCUCGUUAUGCAAAAAGACUUCAAAAAGAAUUAUUAGAUUUAAAAACAAAUCCGCCACCCUGCAUUUCAAUUACUGAAGGUGAUAAUUUAGAUAAAUGGGUCAUAGCUGUGGAUGGAACAGAGGGUUCAAUUUAUCAAGGAGAACAUUUCAAAUUACAAUUUAAAUUCUCUUCUGGUUAUCCAUUAGAUUCACCAGAGGUAAUUUUCAUUGGAACACCACCAAUUCACCCACAUAUUUAUAGCAAUGGUCACAUUUGUUUAUCGAUUUUAUAUGAUAAUUGGAGUCCAGCUUUAACUGUUUCAUCAGUUUGUUUAAGUAUUUUGAGUAUGUUAAGUGGUUGCACUGAAAAGAUUCGUCCAACUGAUGAUUCAAAAUAUGUUUCAAGAGUAUUAAAUAAAAGUCCAAAAGAAGUUAGAUGGAUGUUCCAUGAUGAUACAGUAUAA